AUGGCGGGCUGCUGCUGCCUGUCAGCGGAGGAGAAGGAGUCGCAGCGCAUCAGCGCGGAGAUCGAGCGGCAGCUUCGCCGGGACAAGAAGGACGCGCGCCGGGAGCUCAAGCUGCUGCUGCUGGGAACUGGUGAAAGUGGCAAAAGCACCUUUAUCAAGCAAAUGAGAAUUAUCCAUGGGUCUGGGUACAGCGAUGAAGACAGAAAGGGGUUCACGAAGCUGGUCUACCAAAACAUCUUCACCGCCAUGCAAGCCAUGAUCAGAGCCAUGGACACCCUGAGGAUCCAGUACGUGUGUGAGCAGAAUAAGGAAAAUGCCCAGCUGAUCAGAGAAGUGGAAGUAGACAGGGUCUCCACGCUCUCCAGGGAGCAGGCGCAGGCCAUCAAGCAGCUCUGGCUGGACCCGGGAAUCCAGGAGUGUUACGACCGGAGGAGGGAAUACCAGCUGUCAGACUCGGCCAAAUAUUACCUGAGUGACAUCGACCGGAUCGCCAUGCCGUCGUUUGUGCCAACGCAGCAAGACGUGCUUCGAGUUCGGGUGCCCACCACUGGCAUCAUUGAGUAUCCCUUUGACCUGGAAAACAUCAUCUUCCGGAUGGUGGAUGUUGGUGGCCAGCGAUCCGAGAGACGGAAGUGGAUUCACUGCUUUGAGAGUGUCACCUCCAUUAUUUUUUUGGUUGCUCUGAGUGAAUACGACCAGGUCCUGGCUGAGUCUGACAAUGAGAACCGCAUGGAAGAGAGCAAAGCCUUAUUUAAAACCAUCAUCACCUACCCCUGGUUUCUGAACUCAUCCGUGAUUUUGUUCUUAAACAAGAAGGAUCUUUUGGAAGAGAAAAUCAUGUACUCUCAUCUAAUUAGCUACUUUCCAGAAUACACAGGACCAAAGCAGGACGUGAAAGCUGCCAAAGACUUUAUCCUGAAGCUUUAUCAAGACCAGAAUCCUGACAAAGAGAAAGUCAUCUACUCCCACUUCACGUGUGCUACAGACACAGAGAACAUCCGCUUUGUGUUCGCUGCUGUGAAAGACACAAUUCUACAGCUAAACUUGAAAGAGUUCAACCUCGUUUAA